CUAGUUGAACAAACUUGGGCAGGGUGUGAUGGAACUCAGGGUUGUAUAGGUUUUGUUAAGAAGGAAGAAUUGUCAAGACAAAUAAAAUAUACAAUGGAAUUUAUUUAGGUCAUAUUUAAAAAUUGUUUUCUCCUAUCAAUUAUAUAGUAUUCCUUCGUGGGAAAAAAGUUGUAACUGGCAACCUAACCAAAUAAAGUUUUGUGAAGAAUAUAAAACCAAAUUAAAUCUUUCCUAAAAUGAUGCAGUUCAUGCUUUUAUUCAGUCGUCAAGGAAAGUUGCGAUUGCAAAAAUGGUAUGUUGCACAUCCAGAUAAAUUGAAGAAAAAAAUUACCAGAGAACUAAUUACUACAAUUUUGGCAAGGAAACCAAAAAUGUGUAGCUUUUUGGAAUGGAAAGAUUUGAAAAUAGUAUACAAAAGGUAUGCAAGUUUAUAUUUUUGUUGUGCCAUAGAGCAAAAUGAUAAUGAACUGCUUACAUUAGAAGUGAUUCAUCGAUAUGUUGAACUUCUUGACAAAUACUUUGGAAGUGUUUGUGAGUUGGAUAUUAUAUUCAACUUUGAGAAAGCAUACUUCAUUCUAGACGAACUUUUACUUGGAGGUGAAAUUCAGGAAACAAGCAAAAAGAACGUCCUGAAAGCUAUAGCUGCUCAGGAUCUCCUUCAGGAGGAAGAAACUCCACAAGGAUUUUUCGAGGAUCACGGUCUUGGAUAACAAUCCAAGCUGGAUAUAUUGAAGGCUCGACUUCAAACAUUACUUAUAGACUAAGAAUAAGUAAAUUGCUUCAUCACCUCUCCUCGUGCUGUGCAUUCCAUUUUCGGCCAAUUUCCAUUUAUAAUGACAUACUUGUUUACAGACAAGUAUGUUUUUAGUUCGUUAGCUGUUUUCUUAUGAUAUAAUUAUUUCUUUAUUGUUGUACCAUCAUUCCUUCUCUGCUGUGCCUUCCUUUACUUUUAAGUGUUUGUUUUUGAACAUAGGUUGUUUUAGGUUUUACUGAAAUAAUUAAGCAUUCCAAAGUUAUUUAAUUAGUAUGUAAAUCAAAUUAAAGACUUUUACAACAUAAAUACUUUCCGACUGUUAGCUUUUUUUGUCUAAUUAAUAAGAAGUUUAAAUUAGUUUUAUAAAGUUAUUAAUGUUUUGCUGAUGUACAUUGGCAUAUUAAGAUUAUUUAAGCACUGUUUUAUAUUUAAAAAAAAUUCUUUGAAGUAUUUUAAAAUGAUAGAAUUUAUAGCCCCGUACACAGGGAGAAUUUUGCUUUUCAGUAUUUUAGGAAAUGUACUUAAAUAUGUUAAUUUAAUUCCUUGUUGUUGGCCUAAGUAAGAUAAGUCAAGAACUGAUUUUAUUAGUUUAAAAAAUAAAUAAAUAAAUAAAGAAUUGCAAGUAUUCGACCCUUUAAGAAAUUACCUAUUUUGUGUAUUCAAUAAAAAUUAAAAUAAAAAGGAGCUUUUUUUAUAAUUUAUAAAUUAAAAUAGUUCUAGUAAUUAGGUUCCACAAAUGUAUUUUAUUACUAAUACAUUUUUAAUAAUUACUUUAUGCACUGUACUUAAAAUGUUUAUUCCAACCUUAGAAUUAAGAAAUAGCGCUUAUAUUUCAAUGAAUUGAAGGCUGUUUAUCUAUUUGACUUAGCUUAUUAUAAAAAAUUGUUAACUUCUAAAAAUAAAAGUUUUGUUGCUAUAUGGGAUUCCUAUUAAUCACUGCCACUGAGAUUCUAAUGAGUUUUAUAUGUACAUUUAUAUAUUUAUUUUGUAUGUAUAAAAUAAAAUGUAUUAAAUAAUUCAUUAUUAAGUUAAAUAGAAGUAACCAUCUGCAGUGUUGUCCAACAUCUUUUUACAAGUGCUUCUAAUUUUGUAUGUGUAUUUUAGUUUAUCCAUAAGCUUGUCAGCAUGUAUUGUAUGGAGCCGCCAAAUUCCAAUUAAUAGUAAAAAAAAUUUCUCUUUCAUUAUAAGUAAUGAGAGGAAGCUUACAGGUUGAAAUUUAUCCUCUUAUUCUAAAAUUACAAGGCUUUAGUUUCAUUAUUGGUAAAUUUAAGCUAAUUUUUUCACUAUUCUUAAGUCAUUCUUCUUUUUUCAUGGCAGGGUGGAGCUUAAAGCGACCCUUGGCCUGCCCAAUCUCCAAGUUCCAUCUGUUUCAAUCAUGUGCCCGCAGCACUUAUUCUCAUUUUCCUCAGAUCUUCCAAGAAAAUCCAUCUAUCCUUUCGUUGAGUUCUAAACCUUACACCAUCAGGACGGUUCUCAUACACUCUUCUUGUUAUCCUUUCUUCAUCUAUUCUGAGCAACUGACCCAGCCAAUCUGCUAUAUCCUGGCAAACGAGGAGAUGCUAAAGUCACCAUGGAGUUUGUAUAACAGCAUUUUUCUUAUUGGCCAUAUAUCAUUUUCCUGUAUUGGAUGGCCCUUACAAUAUCUCUGAGGAUAUGUCUUUCAAAUAUACGCGCCAAUUGCAAAUUGUUCUUAAACCAUUCAGUGCCAAAAUUGUUACAAUUACUACUCAGGAAAGACAAGAUCGACACUUUGAUAGCAUGAAAUGUAUUAAGAAUUAUCAUAAGCAAUUUAUUGUUAAAUAAAAUUUAGAAUAAAUUACAUCCUAAGUAAAUAUAUAUAAAAUAUAUUUAAAUUAGUUACAAUUCCUUUAUAUAUUAAGAAAUGUUAAAGUCUAAUUCUAAGAUUACAGACCAUUAUCAUUAGAGAGGAAAAUAUGACUUUCUGAAGGCUUCAUUUACUAGUUUUGGCCAUAAGUGUUUCCGAAAGACGUUUUUGUAUUUGGCAAUAAAUUUAUCAAUAUUUGUCAUUAUAAGUCAUUUAAUAUAUGUAUUAAUACAUAUAUGAAUACAUAAAUAUCGUAAAUUUGAUGUAUAACAUGAAUAUGUCAUUACUGUAACUGUCCCAAGUAUGAUAUUAUUAUUUUCAUUUGUAUUCCAUUCUUUUCCCAAUCAAUAGAGAACCAACUUUUUACAUUCCUCAAAAAAUUAACCAUUACUUAACAUUUUUUAUAGUUACUGAUUUAUAUCUGAGCUGAGUAAAAAAGACAUCUCAUGUUUUUGUUUUUACUACUGUAGCCAAAACAAGGACUGGAAGAAAAUAAGUUUUAAAGAGAAAUAUUGAUGAAAUAACUGAAUUAUAGUUGACAAUCCUGUGAUGCUGAUUGAAAUGUCAGAAAAUCUGCUCAACUGUUGAAUAUGUUGCUGUUAUUGAAAGUAAAAGGUGACAAUACAAAUUUAUACAGUUUUAUUUGUCGUUACCAUAACUAUUUACUAUAAUUAGGUGCUUCAAAUCAUACAUCUAUUUGCACUAUAUUUGGAAAGCUGUUGUCAUGACUAACCCUGUCAUUACUAAACCAAAAUAAUGUUUUAUUACAGUGCAGAUAUUUAUAUUUACAAAUUUAGUAAUUUGGUUUAUUAAAUUCAUGAAAACACUGAUUUU